AUGGCCCCAUCAGAGCAAUUUUGGCAACUUCUCCUAGGGGAGGAACUGACAUCAGGCUUCUCAACAAGGGGCAGUGCACAGGGAUGUAGAAAGGAUGGGGUAAUGCAGCUGAGGGAGUUUGGGCAGACGGACGGCAAACUUGAACUGCAGGGUACAGCCGCGCAUUUGACGGCUCCUUCCGAGCAGGUGUAUACCAAGCAGAAGACUCAGUUGGACAUCGCUAAGAGCCUUGGGGUAGAUGAACUUCUUCAGAUGACCAGCGAUGACCUGUGCAGACAGCCGAUCAGUAGUCUUUCCGCGACGCUCGCUGAAAUGGAGCAUUGCAUUCAACCGCUGCACAGCUGCCUGAAGCUGCUUGACUUGCCGUCGCUCGUGCUGAAGUGCUCCAACGGAGGGCUGUACGACGAAGCGGUUGACGUUAUGAUGCUGGCAGAUGAGAUGAAGGAAGCCCGCAGCAGCUGCGUGAAGACAAUGUUGCGGCAGUUGGGGCAGCAUGCGCAGCUGUCUCCUUCAAUGAAACUCAUCGGCCCACUUCGCCGCCUGAGCUGCUCUGAAGAGCAACUGAGGAUGCAGUAUCUACGGCGGCGGGAAGGGGAAAUUUCCCGUCAGCGGCGCAACGCAGAAGGAUCGUGUGAAACCGACCCAGCUCAGUAG